UCGUCAAACCUUUUUACUACAAUCUGUCGCCGGUUGUUGUCUCCAUCAUUUUCCUUCGACUCAUGCUCUGUCUCCUCAGAUACGAGAUAAUAAAUCGAUACAUUCCUUUAAUUGAUUCAGUUCGAUUUGUCUUCCAUGUCUGCUGGAUCUCCAUUACUGUCGGAGAAUCACUAAAGUUCACUGCUUUGCGUCUGUCUGCAAGAAGAUCACUUUAAUCAAUGGCCAAAGCCAUGGAGCCAAGCUCGAAAUCAAGGAAAGAAAGCAUCUUGAUCAAAUACGCCGUCGUCUCGCGUCUACUCGUCCUCUUCUUAACCAUUCUAUGGCGGAGCUUCCUCCAACCGUACGAUACAUCCGCCGCACUCAACCCUCCUUGCCUGCGUCACAGAGACGUCCCCGAAGACUCUCCUCCGUUGCUAGUAGCUAAUCCACUCUCGAAGACGCUUGAGAACAGCGUAGUCUGGGACAGCGUUUACUUCCUCCGGAUCACGGAGUGUGGGUACGAGUAUGAGCAGAUUUACGCCUUCUUGCCUCUUCUUCCCUUCUUCAUCUCCCUUCUCUCUCGCACAGUUUUUGCGCCUUUGGUUCCGUUGAUUGGUCUCCGAGCUGUGAUGGUGUUGUCUGGUUACGUUGUCACCAACUUAGCCUUCGUACUUGCUGCUAUCUAUCUCUUCAGGGUUUCAGUUAUUAUCUUGAAGGACACUGAAGCUUCAUUCAGAGCUUCAGUUAUCUUCUGUUUCAAUCCAGCGUCUAUAUUCUAUUCGUCAAUAUAUUCAGAAAGUCUGUAUGCUUUGUUUUCAAUUGGAGGCGUGUACCACUUGUUAUCUGGCGCCAGCAAUGUAGCUGUUCUCUGGUUUGCUCUCUCUGGCUGUGCAAGGUCCAAUGGAAUCCUCAAUGCUGGUUAUAUCUGUUUCCAAACUAUGCAUCGAGCUUAUGAAGCUUUAUACUUGAGAAGGCGCGUUUGUUUGUCUGUGCAGGUUUUAAUUACUGGAUUUAUUCGAUGCGUGUGCAUUUGUCUUCCUUUCGUCGCAUUUCAAGCGUAUGGAUACUAUAACAUAUGUCAUGGACAUAAGCUGGAUGAUGAAUUGAGGCCUUGGUGCAAAGCAAAGGUACCUUUGCUUUACAACUUCAUUCAAAGUCAUUACUGGGGAGUAGGGUUCCUUAGGUACUUUCAGUUUAAGCAGCUCCCAAACUUUCUGCUUGCAUCCCCUAUUCUGUCUCUAGCUGUGUGUUCUAUUGUAAGUUACAUGAAGACUCGGCCUGAGCUCUUCACUUCGCUGGGCUUUCAAGCUACUGAGAAAGAGAAGAGUUCUUCUGCAAGGCUUUAUUCUCUGAAGGAUGUACUUGAACCAGAUGUUAUAACUUCAUCAAAUGAAGGAAAGAGUGACAUUAGGCAGAGAAAACCGAGCAAAAAGAAGGAUGUGACUGUCACCAACAAUGCAGCUGAGAAAUCCAACUCGCCAGAAGCAUCAGGAUACUUUUCAGCUGAUGUUUUCCCAUUUGUCGUACAUUUGGGUUUAAUGGCAGCCACGGCGUUCUUCAUCAUGCAUGUUCAGGUUGCAACACGGUUCUUGUCAGCGAGCCCUCCUCUUUACUGGUUUGCGUCUCAUUUGAUUUCAUCUCCUAAACAUAGUAAAUGGGGAUACUUGAUGUGGUCAUAUUGUGCUGCCUAUAUCCUUCUUGGAUCUCUUCUCUUCUCAAACUUUUAUCCAUUCACUUGAUUUCAAGCUGGUUAUCUCAGCAUCUUUGGUUGUUCCAUCAGAGUAUCAAGACGUUGGUUUACCUUUGCCAACGGUCUCUUGACUCUUGAGUCAUGUAAAUGCAGAGAACCAACCGGUUUUGUUGUUUCUGCAAAUUUUAGCCCACUAGAAUUAGUUUUUUCCUCGGCUAUGUGCUCACUGUAGUCUCAUGUGGUAAGACAGAUAUGUAUCUUUUGGCUGUUUUAUAAUAGAUUUGACAUUGAAGCAACA